AUGAUGGACGACGCCGUGGAGCCCGUCGUCGCAGCAUCGGCGCCAAGCCCGAGCUCGAACAAUCUCCCCGCUGUCGGUACCAAGGGAGCUUCGGUUGAACCGACAAAGCGCUCCUCUACCCGUUUCGCUACCCCUCCCCCGCCCGUGUCCGCAGGCGAUCGAGGCCGCCUCGAGGCUCGGCAGAACAGCGACCGCGCCAAUGUCAAGGCGGGUGACUUGCGGCAUGCGAGACGACCAAGCGACUUGUCUCGCUCUGCUGCCCUUGACACCAGUGCUGUCGAUAGCGCCCUGCUCCGCGAGAUGCAUAGGUCGCAGCGCGAGAGCACGCCAGGUGCCAGUCCGUCGCGGAAGCGUCAAAGGAUAAACGGAGACAGGUUUAUCCCCUCACGAUCUGGGCAAGACUUGCAAGCAAGUUUCAACCUUUUGCACGAGGAUGGCUCGCCUGCGACGCCCUCGAAGCAGAAAAAGCGCACCCCUCACGGCGAGCUACACUUUCAGAAGACCGAGGAAGCCAACCGAACCUUCUCAACGCUGCUUCGCGCCGAGCUCUUUGAGGGCUCUGUACCGCAAACAACACCGCCCGCCAUGUCACCAGAUCACUCUUCUUCAGCAAACCCACACGCUGGCAUUGUGCGAUCUCACACACCACCAAAUAACAACUCUACGGCCUCACUUCCCUCAACAGCAACCCCAUCCACUCCGCACAAGAACCUUUUCUCGUACAUGUCGCCACGUAACCUAAGUGCGGGCGGCCAUUUGACUCCCUCGAGAACGCCCCAGAGCAGGCACGGGCCAAACCUCGACACCCGUGCUGAGAUUUACAGCCUUUCACCCGUUCGCUUCAACAGCCAACAGAUGCUGCUGAGCCCUCGCAGGCAGCCUAGAGCUGUGAGCAAGGUGCCCUACAAGGUGCUCGAUGCCCCUGAACUCGCCGACGAUUUCUACCUGAACCUAGUCGACUGGGGAAGUGCCAACGUCCUUGGCGUUGGCUUGGGUUCCAGUGUCUACAUGUGGAACGCCCAGACGAGCCGUGUCAACAAGCUCUGCACGCUUGAAGAUGACACAGUGACGAGUGUUUCCUGGAUUCAAAAAGGCACUCAUAUCGCUAUCGGCACGGGCAAGGGGCUGGUGCAGAUCUGGGACGCGGAGAAGACUAGGCGUCUGCGAACGAUGACAGGACACACCGCGCGCGUCGGCUCCCUUGCUUGGAAUUCUCACAUCUUGAGCUCCGGCUCCAGGGACCGUUCAAUCUACCACCGAGAUGUACGGGCUCCCGACCAGUGGCUGCGGAAACUGGUGGGACACAAGCAAGAAGUGUGCGGACUAAAAUGGAAUUGCGAAGACGGACAGCUGGCCAGUGGCGGAAACGAUAACAAGUUGAUGGUCUGGGACAAGCUGUCCGAAACGCCGCUCUGGAAGUUCUCAGACCACACGGCUGCCGUUAAGGCACUCGCCUGGUCACCGCAUCAGCGCGGUCUACUCGCCUCUGGAGGCGGCACGGCGGAUCGCCGCAUCAUAUUUCAUGACACAGUUAAAGGCUCGGUCAUCAACGAGGUGGAUACGGGAAGCCAAGUGUGCAACCUGGCCUGGUCGAAGAACUCAAACGAGAUUGUCUCCACACAUGGAUACAGUCAAAAUCAGAUUGUGGUCUGGAAGUACCCCUCCAUGACGCAGGUCGCCAGUCUCACGGGACACACAUACCGAGUACUCUACUUGGCCAUGAGCCCCGACGGCCGCGUGGUAGUCACCGGAGCGGGAGACGAGACCCUACGUUUCUGGAACCUCUUUGGCAGAAGACCCAGCGCACGAGACGACGGCGAAGGCGGAGGGCGCCUCUCCGAGUGGGGCGUCAUUCGGUAG